AGGGACACUUGUUGCAGCCAAACCGCUUUUGCAUUUCAGAGGCUGGAAGGUCACCGUCGUAUUUAAAUCAGGACAGUGUGUAUUUUUCUCCCCCCCCACCCCACCACCUCCUAAAAAAAAAUACCUACACACACAGAGAGAAAAAAAAAUACCCAAUUCAGCAUCACAAAAGAAAUCAUGGGCGUCUCGUCGGAUUAUGAUCUUGCAAAUGCUCGUGAGGAUACGGAUGGUAACCCUGGUUCAAGAGGAAUGGCUUCGCUCAACUUCAACCGCUACGCCACCAUCAAGAGCAUGGCAGAGGGCAUGCUGGACAUUGCUUUACUGAUGUCUAAUGCCUCGCAGCUUGUUACGGUUGUCACACAUGGUUCAGGAUCUGCCUACUACACUCCCCUCAUUGUUCUGAUUUCUCUGUCUCUCGUACUUCAGAUGACAAUUUUUAUCUUUCUCGUUUUUAUUGCUAAACUCAACGUGAAUGAAGUCGACAAGCAGAAAAGGCUGAACCUGUUGAACAAUGUUGCCACCCUGAUGGUUGGAGCCGCUCUGGUCGUGAACGUGUUCAUCACUGCUCUCGGAGCGCACAAGAACGUGAAACAAACUGCCACUGGCAUCACAACCCCACCACCAUACAGCGGGAAAUGAGUGUUAUGUCUCUUCAGGACCCCUCCGAUGGUUUACAAAGAAUCUCUGACGGAACGGUGGGAUGACUGAAACUGUUGAAGGUGUGACCGAGGCGUGAAUCUUUUAAAUGAGCCACUUCUGGCACUGGAAAGUGUUUAGGAAAAGAAUAUCAGUGGCAUUGGUUUACUCCUGACACGAAUGGUAUCAUCCAUAAUGCAUGAUGGUGCCACUCGUGCCCACAGUUAGAUCACUGCUGUGUACAAAAAAAUUCAAGAAAAAGUGUUAACAGUGGCCCCUGUGUUUUUUU